AAAAACUGAUGCGGUUACAAGCAGUGAAAAACAAGAUAUGUGGAAAAAAAUAGCACAGGAGUAUAACAGUGCGGGGCCCUCUUGCCCAAGAGCUGUGGAAUGCUUAAAACGAUGUUAUGAAAACAGGAAAAAACUGUUGAGAAAAUCAGUAGCUGCUGAAAGACGGGAAAUUUAUAAAACUGGAGGUGGCCUGCCAGACAACCAAGCAAAAAAGGAACCACUUGAUGAUUUGCUUAUGUCUAUUGUUUCCAAUAAAAGUGUACAAGGCCUUGAGACCCCUUUUGGUGGAGAUGCAAUUAUAAACAUCAAUACUUCAAACCCAACAACUUCCCAAGAGUCACAGGACGUAAUCUUAGAAGACAAUGCUAUUGAAUUCAUCUUUGAGAAUGAUCAUGAAGAUAGUAUUUUUGAGUUUGAGGAUACCAUUGAGGAAAAGAAAGCCUCACAAGGAAAACCAGAAGAAAAAAAGAGAAAAGCAACGACGUCAAUGGAAAGUGAAACACAAAAAUUAAAACAAAAUCAAUCAAAGAACUGGAAACGCUACACAGUUCAAGAUUUGAAAUCAGCCACAGACAGUGCACUCAAUCCAGAGUCAAUGCUAGUAAGUAUAUAAUAUAAUGCUUAAAGUUUUUACAAACAAGUGGUAUGUCAAACAAGUAAAAUACUUGAACCCUCAAACCUGUUUCAUUCUCGCUUAUACUCCUGACACACUAUUGGUAUUUAUGUUUUUUAUUUUAGAGAUGCCAUACAUUCU